AUGUCUGUUCAAACAGCUUGGGAAUCCUGCGACAAAAUCGAUACGCUUUUCAUUCUUGUGUGCUCCGUCUUCUGCUGGCUUAUUAUCCCGGCUGUCGGGCUCGCCUACUCUGGCUACUCCACUCGUUUCAAUAGCAUUGCUUCGUUCUAUCCCGGCCUCUUGGCUGUUGCCGUCUGUUCGAUUCAAUGGUGGAUGCUGGGGUAUUCGCUCGCCUACGGCGAAGGCAACGGCUUCUUUGGGGGCUUCAGCAAGGUGUUUCAUAUCGGUGUCCUCGCUGACCCGGUUGGCACAAUUCCUGAGAUCCUGUUCUCGGAGUUCCAGCUCAUAUUCUGCGCGACCGUGUGUGCUAUUGCAAUCGGAGGAGCCUGUGAGCGCGGCAGGCUUCUUCCAUUGAUUCCCUUCAUUUUUCUCUGGUGUACAUUCAUAUAUGCUCCUCUAGCCCACAUGGUGUGGUCGGAGAACGGCUUUCUCGCGAACCUUGGUGCCCUUGACUUCGCUGGAGGCACUCCCGUGCAUAUUUGCAGCGGUGCCACCGCCACGGCAAUGAGCGUCUACCUUUCCUACCCACUAUUUCGGUCGCGACGCUCUCAGAUCCGAACUCCACAGCACCUGUUAUUGCACCGGCCACACAACACUUUGUGUCAACUGCUAGCACUGAUCAUUAUUUGGAAUGCCUGGCUUGCCUUUGACGCGGGAACCACUCUCGCUCUCAAUUUCAAGAGUGUCAUGACCGCAUGCGUGACCAACCUCUGCGCCUCUUCAGGCGCUCUCACCUGGGCGAGUCUGACUUAUUGGGAGACCGGAAAGUGGAGCUUGGACAGCACAUUCUUGGGCGCGAUCGCAGGACUCGUUCUCAUUACUCCGAGCGCAGGCUUCAUCGACAUGAGCACAGCAAUGGGAUUUGGCAUCCUAGGUGCUGCAUGCGGGUACCAGGCUCUCAAGAUCAAGUUUACCAAACGAGCGAAGCUUCUGCGCUGGGUCGACAACGGGGACACAUUCGCUACUCAUUGCCUAGGUGGGUUCUUGGGCACGAUAGUAACUGGCCUAUUUGCGCAACGAGAAGUCGCAGCAUACGACGGCGUCACGGACAUCGUGGGCGGUUGUUUCUUCGAUGGCAACUGGAGACAGCUGGGAAUACAAAUCGUCGAAGCGUUGAUCGGGUUCGUGUGGAGCUUUGGGGGAAGCUACAUUCUGUAUGCCCUGAUAGACUGUGUGCCUGGAUUCGAGGUACUGGCGACGGAUGAGGAUGUGAUCGCGGGAAUGGACAAGUCCCAGAUGGGCGAGUCCUUGCACGAGGAACAAUGGGCCGGAGAAGAAGAUUACCAUCCCUUCGAGGGAAUUCGCUUGUAA